AUGGCGGGCUGCCCUGUUUUUAAAGGCACUUCGACGUCCUACAGCCAGCUCUCGGCCACCCUCCGCGAGUUUGAGAACCUCCUGCCGUCCUGCGACGAGGAACGCAACACCGUGGAUCAGUGCCGUGUGGGAAAAGCCAAUGCCUCCUAUGCAGCGCGUCUGGGCUGGAUGAUGGGCUUGGGCAGUGCCUCGUGCGUGGACGAGGCCAAGGCGUACGAUGCCUGCUUGACCCGCCGAAACAACGUAUCAGAACACAUUUUGAGCAAGUGUGGCAAGUCACACGUCACGAUGGCGUCCAAAUAUGCCCAGUGUAUGCAUGAGCACGGCGAUGACGAGGCCAAAUGUGCACCCAUCCUGACCGAGUUUUUGGACUGUGCUCGCAGCGCAGCUGCCUAA